UCGGCGCUCGCCGGCACUUCCGGCGCGGCUAUGGCUACCGCUUUUGGCGGAGCCAAUUAAGGGUGGCCGUUUAACCCUGUGCGCCUGCGAGGAUCUGCUGCGGGUGGCAACGCCAUGGAACGCCUUGAUAAAGCAGCGCUAAACGCGCUGCAGCCGCCCGACGUCAGAAAUGAAAGUUCAUUAGCAUCUACCUUGAAGACUCUCCUAUUCUUCACAGUGUUAAUGAUCACUGUACCUAUUGGGUUAUAUUUCACCACUAAAUCUUAUGUUUUUGAAGGCGCCUUUGGGAUGUCCAAUAGGGACAGCUAUUUUUACGCUGCUAUUGUUGCAGUGGUUGCUGUCCACGUGGUGCUGGCCCUCUUUGUCUAUGUGGCCUGGAAUGAAGGCUCACGACAGUGGCGUGAAGGCAAACAGGAUUAAAGUACACAUCACCUUUUGAUAGCAUUAAAUAAAUUUUUUUAAGAAUAGAAGAUGCAUCCGGGAUACUGAUUAUUUCAAUAAUAUUGAAAGAACAUGUUAAAAUCUGUAUAAAGGAGUCAUGCGUAACAAGUUUGACUACUGUAAAUUUUGAUCCUUCUAAUACAAUGGUUUGUAUUGUUCGUUUCAACUGUGCAAGCCUCUCAUUUGCCAAUGAGAAUUUGGAAAAAUGAAAUUCAUUACAAAUAAUAUGUUUAAUUACAAAUUAUUUUGGGAAGAAUUUGAUUCUUUUACAACAAAUAUGUUUCAUAGCAUUUUGUCUUUUAGUUGGUUUUAGUUUUAGUUUUACUUUUCCGGAUAUAUUAAUAGGUACACAGUGAAGCAAAUCUAAACUUUAUUUUUUCUGAAAUACUUUUCCUAACUAUCAUGAAAGUACCAGAUCAUUGGAUUUUGGGUUGUAAAUUCCUAUGGAAAAUUGCUUUAAUUGUGAAUGCUGGAAUUAUUCUGAAUGUCACUGAGAAAUUUCAAAUAAAGUAUAAUCCCUAGUCAGUAGGAAUCUUUCAUUACAUUAUUUCAUGGGGAAACUAGGCUGAAUUCCACCCGUUUUACACGCACUGAUUUAUUGAAGGAUCUCAAUAGCAAAGCAGAGCUAGCUACUCCCUAAAGGCCCCUUGCAGGCCAGACUGUGCUUUCAGACGAACUCUUGAAUAAUCUGUCUUGCUCUUGCUCAACAAUGAAGUUAUGCUUUAAUUACCAGGUUUUUAAAAAAAAAUUACCAGGUUUGUCUAAAUUCCCUUUAAAGUUAUUUUUCCUACUGUUUUUUUUAAUACUGUAUAUGAUAGGGAUUUACAUUUAAAUGUUUAUUUUUGCAUACUUAGGGAGUGUGAACAAUCCUGAAAAUCGAUAGUUUUUAUCGAUUUUAUAGUAUCCUUGGGAUCUAUAGUUUAGUUUUUUUAAUCAGAGCUGUUAUAUCCCAGAUAUGUAUAAUUAGAUAAUUCUUGAGGCUCUUUAUGAUAGAAAAAGACCCUGUGUUUUUUGUUUUAGUAUCUUUAGUUGGUUCUUUCUAGCCACUUGCUACUACUUGUAUGCAAUCUAAAAGUACACCUGGAAAAUUGCAUAUUAAAACAGAAAGAAAAUUUAAUUUCCCUAUAAUUUUGCUUCUUGGAGAUAACCACUAUUUUGGUUUACAUCCUGUGUACAUUUCUUUUUUCUUUUUUUUAAAUCCUCACCCGAGGACAUUUUUCCAUUUUUUGUUCAGAUAGAGUGGGAGGGGGAGAGAGGAAGAGAGAG